AUGGUGAGGCACCGCCGCUGGCCCGCCAUGGACUUCAGUCACCUCCACCACAUGCACACCAGCCGGGACACGUUCACCGACUCCACCGACGACUCGCCGCGCGACUGCACCCCAGAGGCGGGCGUGGCGCGCACCGGCUCCUUCAGCGCCUCGGCGCUGCUGCAGCGCGUCCGACCGGCGAGCCUCGGCGCGGGCUGGGCGGCCUGGAGCAGCGAUUCGUUGCAGCACGCCCAGAGCAGCGACUCAAUCGUGUGGGCCCCUGCGUCUGAGGCGUCGCUGACCGGGCCCACUUGGGGCCAGUACCUGCUGCGCCCCCUCCGCUUCGUCCGCGCACUGGCGAGCCCCACGGCGCCAGAUGGCCUGCGCUACUGCGCCAUGGUAGAGAGAGCGCUGUCGGAGGGCGCCUCCUCGCCCACGGCGGCGGCGCCCGUGCCGCGCACGCUGCUGCCGGACGGCAGGGAGACGGUGUGCGCCAUCUGCACGGAGCCCUUGCUGCCUGGGGAGCCCGUCCAGCCGAUGCUAGGCUGCAUCCACCUCUUCCACUCGGGCUGCAUAGAGGGCCACAUCCGGGCGAGGUGCCAGUCCGCCUCCCAGGACGCCGCGCUCGAGGGCGUCGUGCUGUGCCCGCUCUGCCGCGGCCCGCUGCUCGCCUGCUGCGAGGAGCAGCUGCCCGACGAGGAGCGCCGCUUCGCUGCGCCGCUGGGCGCCGAGGAGCGUGUCGCCGCGCCGCUGGGCGCGGGGCGUGCCCCGGAGCCUGGUGACCCGAGCACCCCGGCGAGCAUGGAGAGCGGGCUGACGCUCCUGGUGUUCAACGCGGGCGUCGAGCUGUGCACGGCCCAGGCCGCGCUGGGGCGCGGCGUGCGGCUGGCGCUCGCCUUCCUCGCCUGCUUCUCCGCCCUGGCCGCCUGCCGGUUCCUCAUCACCCAGAGAGCUCGCUGGACCGUGUGCUUUGUGACGCUGCUUCUCUACAGCGUUUCCACCGCCACUUCUUUCAAGCUGGGGGUGAACACCAGCACUCAUGAGACCGAAUGGCAACAACCACCUCUCCGCACGGAGGCUCAAUUAUCUGCGUGCGCGGCCUACGCUGGGGAGUACGAAGUCUGGUACAACGGGGAGCAGCGCAGUACGAAUCUGAUAAUUUAUUGCGACUGCACCGCGACCCAGCCUGGAAUUUUCACGGACAGCCUUCGUUUUACCAGUGUCUCGUCACAGUGCCCUGGCCUCGGUGCUUCUCAGUUCUAUAUCUUGAACACGCACGGGUCCGGCAAGUAUGAGUGUCUGUACCAGAGCGGCACCACGAUCUCAGGCUAUCAUUACAUCAGCUGGAACGCAUAUUGGGGGACCAUCGAGUACCGACUGAUAAGCCGGGACUCUAUUUGUAACCCUUUCACGGUCGAUUGCACUGGGCGCAACUACGCUAACCAGGUUGCAUAUUGCCAGUCGCAGGGCUUGUCCAUCGCCAGCAUCCACAACGAUGCCGACAACAACGCGAUCUUGAACUUGCUCCAAUCUCAGGGGUGCAACGCGUAUAUUGGCGCUGAGUCCAACGGUGCUGGCGUCUGGUCGUGGAGGGACGGCACGCCAUGGAACUACGUCAGCCCGUUGAACGACGGGAUCAGUGGCUACAGCUGCGUGCGUUGGGAGAUCUACAGCACCUGGAAGUUGCUGCUCUGCCUGCACCACGCGGAGUACGAGGCCUCGCAGUGCCGGCGCUCGUGGACUCGCCCAGCCUGGCGGACCGAGGCGCAGGCGUUGCAGCACGUCUUCCUGGAGAGCAGGAGCCUCCGGAGGCUGGGCGCCGUGCUCCGCUGGCUGCGGUGGGCGCACCGGUGGGGCCCGGCGGGCCGGCGGGCGGCCGAGGAGGCCACCGGCGCCGACGACGAGGCCGGGGAGGACGCCGCGUGCCUGAAGGCCGCGGGGAGGGAGGCGCCCGCGUGCUACGAGAGUACGCGCCGGGCCCUGCAGCGGGACCUGCAGCUGCAGGAGCUGCUGCCGAGGCCGCUGGAGGGCCCGCCCGUGCUGCACCCAGACGGGCCGCUGCAGCAGCGCGGCCGUUUCCGCGUCGAGGACCUCGAGGACGAGCGGCGGCUGCUGCUGCACCUCUGGAUCCACCUGCGGCGCGGCGACCUCCGGGGCGCGCUCCGCCUGUGCGCGGAGGCCGGCCAGCCGUGGCGCACGGCGCUGCUGCAGGGCAUGCUGCCUUUUGCGUGCGGAGAGGACGAGACGGUCGGGUACGACAGCCCGCACGAGGAGGGCGACGCGGCGGCCCUGAGCCUGAAGGAGCGGCAGCCCGACUGGACGGAGGUCGGCGUGCUGGACACCGACUCCCCGAACAACGGCAACGAGUGGCGCCGGGUAUGGAAGGAGCAGUGCUGGGAUGCCGCGGACCGGGGCCUGAGGCUGGGCGGCACGGCCAUGGACGUGCACGAGCUGGCCAUGUACGGGUUCUGCUCCGGCAACCAGGAAGCGCUGGCAGCGGUUUGCGGCUCGAGCUGGGGCGACUGCGUCUUCGCGGAGCUGCACUGCCUCAAGGAGUGGCUCGCGGAGCGCCUCCUCAGCGAGGGCCGCCACGAGUUCUGCGCCGACGCCGACGCAUUCUUGGGCGAGGGCGACGCCGGGCUCCUCGACCCUGCGGAGACCCCCGCCGGCCGCGCGCGGCGGGCGGCCAAGCUGCACGGCAGGCUGGGCGGGGCGCUGCCCCCGGGCUGGGCGCGGGCGGUCGCCCGCCUCGAGGAGGUGGUCGCGCACGAGGUGGGGCAGCUGCUGGAGCGCCUGCGCUCCGAGGGCGCCCCGCCGCAGGUGCGCGGCGAGGCGCUGGAGCCGAUGGCGCGGCUGCAGGCCGAGCUGAUCGAGGCCGCCUGGCAGCCGGAGGGGCCCUGCGAGGCAGCGCUGGCGCGCCUGCGGGGCUGGCUCGCCGACGGGCUCGGGGGCGGCCCGUGUCCGCUCCUGGUGAAGCAGUUCGCCUGCCACUUCGCCAUCUGGCAGAAGGAGCUGGCGGCCGCGGCCCCGGGCCCGCCGCUGCGCAUCGACGACAUCGUCGAGGGCCACGUCAGGGAGCUGGUGGCCGUGGCGGCGGGCGCCGGGCUGCAGAACCCGCUGGAGGGCAACCAGGUCGAGCUCAUCGCCGAGCACACCGCCGCUCUCUCGCAGGAGCGGCGGCUGGACGCCUUCGCGAGCCUCAUGCUGGCCGCCUGCGCCUGGAAGGGCCGGGCCCCGAGCGGCCCGCAAGGGGACGAGCUGCCGGCCAUCAGGCAGGGGCUGCUGACCCAGUGCUUGAGGGCGUUCUGGGCGCGGUUCCCCCAGGAGGCCUUCGCCCUCCUGGCAAUCCUGGCGCGCAAGGUCCUGCGCGUCGGUGAGGGGCUCGACGAGGAGGUGAGCAUCCCAGACGUGGGCCCGGUCGGCGCGGCGGCGGUGUGCCCGUCGGAGAUCAGCCUCGUCCUGCACUGCCUCACGGUCUCCUGGCUCCUGCUUUGCGACCAGGCCGCAGAGCCCGCCGUGGUGCAGGCGGCCCUCUCCGGGCUGCGCCUGGUGCUGGGCGCCGGGCCCCUCGAGGAGGCCGAGGCCCGGGGCCUCCUGGCCUCCGCCGAGGGCUUCGGCCGCCUCGCCCUCGAGCGGGUGGUGCUGCCGCUGCUCGUGGACAGCCUCCUGGUGCUCGCCGCCGCCGCGCCCGAGGGCGCCGUGGAGGUGCUGCCCGCGCUGCAGGAGUCGGGGCUGUGGUGCGACGCCCGGGGCUGCGGCGCCCGGUGCUUCGAGACGCUCGCGGAGCUCGAGUGGUACGUGGGGCUGCGGCAGAAGCACCGUGACUGGUCCGCGGCGCAGGCGGCGGCGCGGGCCAUGCGCGGCGAGGCCGGCCCGCGCCUGGAGGGCUACGGCCUCGACCUGCGGUUGGCCGCGCGCGCCACCGCCGAAGACCUCGCCGAGGCCGAGCAGGUGUGCGGUGUCGCGCGGGCUUCCCUCCUCGACUUGGCGUUGCCGCGGCUGGCGCAGGAUCAGCCCUUGCUGCGUCAGCUGAGCGACACCCACACGCUGCUGCCGGAGCAGCAGUGGGAGGGGCUGCGCCGAGCGAUUGCCUCCCAGGUGCUCUUCCUUCUCCUGUCCGUCUUCGAGGCGGAGGGCGAUUUUGACGGAGCGAUGAACGACCUCGCGGUGGCGGUGGCGCAGAGUCCCUGGGUGCUGCAGCUACUGCAGCCGCAGCAGAUCCGGGCCUUCCUGCGCCGCUUCGCGCUGCUGCCAUCGGGCGACACCGCUCGGGUCGGCGCCGCUCUGUGA